AUGGUCAUCCCCGCUCUCUGCAGAACAGAUAGGAUUCCCACAACGGCCUCUCGUACACAGAUCCAAGACUCGCCCGGACUCGGCCUUGCGAGGGGUCCGGAAACCCGCAGAGAAACGACCAACGUCUACACCAGGGCGCAACCGUCACCGUCGAGGAGCCCAGCCCGCUCAUCCCGAAGGCACCACACCAUCUUUGUCUCCAAGAACGAAUGGAAGCGACACGUCCUCUCUCAACAUCUCCAGCUCGGGUUUUACCGUUGUGAUGUGGGGAAAUGCAACCACCAUCCCCGGUCGCGCUCGCAGAACUCAUCUCCACCACCCGGGCAACCCAAUGACUUUAACCGCAAAGAUCUCUUCACCCAGCACCAACGCCGGAUACACGCGCCUUGGCAGCAGCCAGGACGCCGAAGAGCACCUUCCGAGGAUGAGCAGGCAGCCUUCGAGGCUGGGCUCGAGCAGGUGCGCCAACGGUGCUGGCACGAGCUGCGACAACCCCCUUUGCACAGCCAAUGCGUGUUUUGCCAAGAAGUGUUCUCCGGCGAAGGAAGCUGGGACGCGCGUAUGGAGCACGUCGGGCGACAUGUCGAACGGGACGAUCCCCAGACUCUCUCUCACGCCAACGAAGACGUCCUCCUACGCGAGUGGGGCCUUCGCGAGGGGAUCUUACAGCUCGUUGACGGGCAAUUUCGUCUUGCAUCCCUCGGAGGCAUUGGACGAUGA